GCGUUACGCUACGGCUUCGAGAGGCUAGCUAUUAAGACUUAGAAUAAAGACCUUGCCUUUCGGGCGAUUCAGACGGCAACUAAAAAAGGAGGAAGAAGGAAGAGAAGGAAGAAGGAAGAGAGAGAACCCACCAGCAAUCGCCGUGGCACCCAUCGCCAUCGCCAUCUCAUAUUCAUUUAGUUGGGUGGGUUUCAUACGCAGCUCCAGGAACUGCAGCCUGCAACGGACCCUUGAUCACCACGUCUGCAACCGCAUAUAAAACCAGACCAGCUAAGCAGAGAUGGAAAUGUCAAGAAAUUGAAAUGGCUCACUGCGAGUGAGUUUUUUUUCUUUCUGUAAAAAUGAAUUCCCCAAGUGUCAAAUACAUUUCAGAAUGCUUUGUCCAGCCACACCAUGCCUCAGAAGAAUCAAAGCAGCCCUUCUACUUGACCCCCGGUGAUCUGGCCAUGCUCUCAGUGCACUAUAUUCAAAAGGGCCUUCUCUUUUCCAAACCACCAGAAGCAAAACUGGGACAGGAGGAUUUCACCAAUUCUCUGUUGGAAAGACUCAAACACUCUCUUUCCAUUGCACUUGUUCAUUUCUACCCAUUGGCAGGUCGCUUUGUGACCGAGAAGAACGAAGACCCGCCUUUGUAUUUGGUAUAUGUAGAUUGCAACAACAGCCCUGGAGCCAAAUUCAUAUAUGCAACUCUGGACAUGUCAAUUUCUGACAUUCUUUCACCAACUGAUGUGCCUUUGGUGGUUCAAUCAUUUUUUGAUCAUGACAGGGCGGUCAACCAUGAUGGGCACACUAUGUCCUUGCUAACCAUUCAGGUCACAGAGCUGGUAGAUGGCAUUUUCAUAGGGCUUUCCAUGAAUCACUGUCUUGGUGAUGGAACCUCUUACUGGCAUUUCUUCAACAUUUGGUCUGAGAUCUUUCAAGCACAAGCACAAGGAGAUCAUAAUAAUUUUGUACCCAAUAUCUCAAGACCACCAGUCCUCAAGCGCUGGUUUCCAGAUGGUCAUGGCCCAAUUAUCAACCUCCCUUUCAAACACUCGGAUGAGUUCAUUGGCAGAUAUGAAGCUCCCAAACUCAGGGAGAGAAUGUUUCACUUCUCCUCGGAAUCCAUAGCCAAACUCAAAGCAAAGGCCAAUGCAGAGUCUAAUACCACCAAAAUCUCUUCCUUCCAGUCCUUGUCUGCCCUGAUGUGGAGGUGUAUUACUCGUGCGCGUGGUUUACCCCGAGAUCAAGGAACCAGCUGCAGGUUGGCUGCGAAUAACAGAGGAAGAUUAGAGCCACCAUUGUCUGGAGAUUAUUUUGGGAACUCAAUUCACCCGAUUAGAUCAGAAAUUGUCUCAGCUGGUGAGUUGCUUGAACAUGGGCUUGGAUGGGCAGCGUGGAAGUUGCACGAAGCUGUAGUUAACCACAAUGACAAAUUCAUAAGGGAACUUGUUGAUGGCUGGCUGAAGUCUCCAGCUGUGUACCAAGUGAGUUUCUUUGAUCCACUCAGUGUGAUGAUGGGGAGUUCUCCAAGGUUCAACAUGUAUGGAAAUCAGUUUGGAAUGGGAAAAGCACUAGCGCUUAGAAGUGGUUAUGCACAUAAGUUUAGCGGCAAAGUGUCAUCGUACGAAGGGCAUGAAGAAGGAAGCAUAGACUUGGAGGUGUGUCUUCCACCUGAUGCAAUGAGUGCUCUUGAAUGUGACAGUGAGUUCAUGGAAGCUGCCUCUGUACCCCGUUAUUAGUGACAAGUGAUUAUAUGAAUAAGGAUCAUGCAAUCUGCACAAUGUUUAAGUAGAGUUAAGAAUGAUAGAAAGGUGUGUGGAAGGAAGAGAUAAAAAAUGAAACAGAAAAAGAA